AGGAGUCAAUCAUUAGUAGUAUACCUACACCUAAGUAUAGAAACCUACACGAAAUCAAACAAGUUCGAGCACCAUAUCCCAUACAAUACACAUACUCAUAAAAUUCUUGGCAUAAUGACGUUAUUUGAAACAAUUAAUUACGCCGUUUUUCUUUUGUUAGCUGUAUCAAUAAUCCAAGGUGAUAAUGUCUACGAAGGUGCUACAACAAGUACCACACCGUCACCGUCAUCAUCUAAUGAUAAAUGCUCGAUCACUGUAUCGAUUAUGAAAGAUUAUGGCAGAGUUGAGUCUUCAAAUUACCCUAAACCGUAUCCGGUGAAUUGUGUUUGGACUUAUAUAAUUCAUAUUGGUAAAGGAUAUAAGUUGAAAUUGGUUAUAAAUGAGUUGGAUAUCGAUACAGAAGAAGGAGAUGCGAUGAUUAUAGAACCAACGGUAGGUAGCAGAGUGGAGAUAGAAAAUCAUUCGAAACAGUCGCCGAUAACAAAAGAAAAUACAUCCGAAGAAAAUGGACCUUGCGUCAUAAUCACAUUCAUGGCCAAAGACCAUCCAAAUACUCAUCGUGGAUUCAGCAUUAAUUUCGAACGAAUAGAGGAACCGCUAACCGAACCAUCACCUCAUGAGACUGAGAUACCAGGAUGGAUUCAGUUAUAUUUAGCCGGAGUUUCAGCGUUCGAGUUUAACUUGAUACGAGAACAUUUCAAAGAAGCUUUAGCCAAAAUAACGAAAGAGUAUAUCGAUAAGAAACACAUGUCGAACGAAAAUGUAUCAGCAAUACAAAACGAUAUCAUUAUCAAUAGCAUGGAACCAUGUCCUAGUUCCUGGCCUUGGUCUUCGAGCUGUAUCCAGUUAAAUUUCACUAUUAAAUUAACCGAUAAUCCGUUCGAAUUACAUUCCGAACAUCUGCGUGAUGUAUGGGAUCUGCAUAGAACAUGCGAAGAAUUUUACGAGCUGAAUAUUUCAGAGUACGAAUUACCGGACGUUCAAUGGUUCAUGUGGUUUUGGAUCUUUAUGAUUAUCUUCAUCUCGGUUGUGUUCGCUUUCCUAUUAGUAAUCGUAGUUCGCACGAAGCUCAUUCAUUAUUAUUUUAUAAAGUUACAAGAAUCUAGACCAGAGCCCAGAAUAUGUCCAUCGUCGAGCUGGACCAAUCAACAUAUUUCAUAUCUUUUCAACGCAGAAAACGAACAACGAUUCAGAUUCCAGAAAGCACAUAAUCAAAACAACUCAGAACCAUCCACAUUCUCGAAACACAACGGUAUAGAUAAUGCGAGCUACGAUAACGAUAACCGUAGCCAAAACUCGGUCGACGAUUUCGAUUCCGAAGACGAUCAACACAUUUAUUACUCGCUAAACUACGACGAAAGACUGAAAAAUAAAACCCAUAGUUAAAUUAUUUGCAGUCUUUAUUUUAUUCAAAAAAAAAAAAAAGUUAUUACAAAGUGACAACGUUAUUGAAACUGACAGAAAAGUAAAAAGAUAUUACUAGUCCAACGAAUACAUAUAA